GGCAAUUUACAUAGAUCUCCCUUAUAGUUUGUCAUAAUUACACGGACCUCCCCUAAAAAUGAAAAUAUCUUACACGGAUCUCCCUUUUGUUAGAAUCAACAUCAAUCAACGACGAAUUGUGCUGAUAUCAUAUACAAAAUUUAGUAAAAUUCCUUUGUCCCUACCAUCUAUCUCACUCUUUCCCUACUCACUUUUUCUCUCUAUAAUAUAUUCAUUUACUGGCCCACCAUCACCGCCACCCCUGCCGACUACGGAGAUAAUGUUUCCACCUUUAAGUAUGCAUAUACGCAUAUACACAUCACCAAUAUCGCUUUCAUAUUAAACAUACAAGAGCCUGUGCACUGAUUAUUCUAUAAUAGAGAAAUCAACCGAUGAAUAUGUGGCAACAAAGACACUGACGAGAUUGAUUUGAGUGAUUGGGAUUGUGACUGGUGUUCUCUGUUUAGGAUUUGAUAGGUUCUUUGAGUGAUUGGGAUUGGGAUUCAGGGUUGGGGCUUGAGUAAUUGGGAUUGGUAUUCACGUUUGGGGUUUGAGUAAUUGGUGUUCUAUGUUUGGGAUCUAAUUCAAAGAAGAGGAAGGGCCGAGAAUUGAUUAUUGUUUUAAACAUCCAAAAGACGAGAAAUUAUUGGUAGCAACGAAGGUUCCACGUCACUUUGUUGACAGGGCAUCACAAGCCAAUAGAAUCUAGCCUUUUUGCACAGCUGUAUUCCUCGCAAUGUUCGCUUUCUCUCACUACCUCCAAGUCGUAUACCUAAAACCAGCGCCGGCGUCAAUUUUCACCGCCAGGUCUCUCCUCACCGUCAUGGCCUUCCUCUUCACCUCUGCCAGGUCGCCCUCAUCUGAGCCAUCCACAGCCGCCAUCAUUCGUGUCGCAGAGAUCCUUGUUCGCCGGCCGCUGUUCAGUCCAGCCGCUUCACCUCCGACCUUGCCUACGGUUCUGUUGUCUGCCCCUGUUUGACCCUCAGUCUUGUCAUCGUUGGUGACCUGAUUUUCUUUCUGCUCAGUUCUUCACCGGUGACCUGUCCAUCUCUCUGCCGGAUCUCUCUCAUACGCAUUUUGUUCCAUGCCCUACACAUUCUUUUACCAAAAAAGCCACGCCCUUUCCCACCAAACCUACCGUUGCUGCCAUAACCACCUAGAAAGUCGUCGCCUUUAACUGUCUGAUCUGGUCGCAGCGUCGAGGUCGUUGCCGAAGACAAAGACAAGACCCAUCCCCGUAAUUUUCGGAUCCUUUAUCGAUACCCACGUCGUCGCCGGCGCUGGUUCUUCGGAACUUCACCUUCAGCUGCGCUCACUUCGCCCUUGCUGAGCCCAUUGGCGUCGUCGGGUUUAACCGAGGAUUCCUUUCCUUGCCGGCUUAGCUCUCCACGUUCUCUCCUCAAUUACCGGUGCCGGAGAGUGAAGUGGAAGAAGGGGAAUUUUGGGUCGACUUGGAUGUAGUGAGAGAAAGCGAACAUUGCGAGGAAUACAGUUGUGUAAAAUGACUAAAUUCUAUUGGCUUGUGAUGCCAUGUCAGCAAAGUGACGUGGAACCUCCGUUGCUACCAAUAAUUUCUCCCAAAAUACACGCUAUUGCUGAGUCGCUCCGCUCCUCGCGAUCCUUCCGGUGAUCAACUCGGAACUUACCGUGGGAAUCGGCUACUUCAUUGUUGUGUUUGAGCUUCUUGUGGUAGUAGGAAUUUCUUUUGCCGUUCGGAGUGGUGCUUUCGGGUUGAUUCUGGAUGGAGGAUUUGUCGCCGGCCUCGACGAAGUAGUUAGCGUCGACAUUCUAAGAGUAGAACUCAGGGGAGUUACUGGCGCCGGUGAAUUUAUCGGCAACGAUGCUCAGAGAGGCGAAGGUCUGGUGCUGGUGAGAGUUAUUGUUGUCUUCUUCGGCGAUAAGAGGGAAGUCCUGGUUGCAUGAGGCCAUGGGAGUGUAGACAGAGAAAGUUGGGAGGAGAGACAGAAGAGGGUAUUAGACAAACUUUUUCCGACGAAGAUGAGUUGUUCUCCGAUGAAAAGCUCGUGUCUCUGCAGUUCUCCGCGAUGCAUCCUACAGUGAUGCCAGUGAGCUCAUCGGAGAUUAGAUUGCCGGAGAUUGUGAAAUCUCGAUGGAGACCAAACGUCUCAGUACUGGAUCCAUAUUCAUUUUCUCUCAAGGCAUCAAUGUUGGUGGUCGUCUAUUCGAGGGUCAAUCGCGGUUGUAAUCACAAGAGGUUUGAUGGUGGCUAUGGUGGUAAGGCGUGGUGGUGGUGGUGGUCGGCUGGAGGAAAACGUAGGUGGGUUUGUUGUAUAUAUAUAAAUAUUUAAUAGUAUAUGGAUAUUUCAGUCACUUAACAUACUAACUGAGGGCAUUUCAAUAAAUUUAACUGGUAUGUUAGUCUAUUUAACAGUCCGUCACUGAGAGGGGAGGUCCGUAUACGAUAGUUUCAUUUUCAGGAGAGGUCUUCAUAAUUAUGGUAAACUAUAGAAGAGGUUUGUGUAAAUUACCCAAAAAUAAACCCUUCAAAUUCAAUAUAUAUAUAUAUAUAUAUAUAUGGUAUAUUGGUAUGUAUUAUGUGUGUGUGUAUACGUCGUAUAUAUGGGUUCCCUCGCUAAUAAGUUGUAAAAUGUAAAAGGAAAAGUGGAGGGAAAAUCGGAACCUUUGAGAAAAUUCGAAAGGAAAUGCCGAGAAGACGCCUGAGAGUGGUCUGUUCAUCUGACGAAGAAGAAGAAGAGGACGAACAACGAUCACAACAGCGAAAUCAAGAAAUAGAAGAUAAUAUCAGUGAUUAUGAUAUUGAGGUUGAACUACAAGAUCCCACUCUCAAUCUCGAAUCCGUAGCCCUAAAUUCUUCCUCAAACCCUAACCCUAACCCCUCUGAACCCGUCCCAUUCGAAAUCUCCGACGAAGAUUUCAUGGACGUCCCCGAUAACCUCUCUCCGCCCCCACCGCCGCCAUCUACGGCGGAGCAAUCGUUUCAAUCAUCUUCGGGCUCGAGAACUAGUGGUACUAACUUCAGUGAAUCGUCUGAUUGUCCGAUAAGUGAUGUUCUUCGGAUGCUCGGUUUGAGGUUGCGAAGAGAAUGGUUGGAUUCGUGCAUUCGCGGCCUCGAGAGCUCUGUACCAGGCUUGGCGAACUUCGAUGUUGAAGUUAAGGCGAAGCUCUGUUUCGAGCAGUUCUUGUGCUCCGACAUGAAUUACUCCGGUGGCGGAGGUCUUCCGGAAAAUGUGCAUUCUAUGCAUCUUGUGGAUCUCACAGGUCCUUUCGUCUUGCAGGUUGAUGAAAUUAUCAAUCUCAGUUGUCCUCUCAAAGAGAGGUAUCAGAGUGCACCUUCAGGGGUUAAGAGGUGCCUGAAGUUGUCAAUGACUGAUGGCGUUCAACGUGUGUUUGGGAUGGAGUACCGACCUAUCAAGGAUCUUGAAGUUCUGGCUCCUGCUGGGCUGAAGGUUGCCAUUUGUAAUGCAAACAUAAGGCAUGGGAUUCUAAUGUUAGUCCCCGAAGUUUUUGAAGUCUUAGGAGGAUUGGUUGAGGAGUUGGACGCAGCACGGCAGAGGCUUGUUAAUGAAAUAAACAAACCACCAAGGGGAAAAAGGACCAGGACAGGAGUGGUUCCUCCUUUAGCAACUAGAGCAACUCUUGCUGCGUGGCCACAAAACUGUGUCAGUAGUCCUGGGCACAACAAUAAUUCCACAUCACAAGCUGCAAUUCCUAUGCAAGAAGAUGAGCAAGUACGUACUGCAUCUGUUAUCUCUACCAGUGAAAGGAACACAGAAGAGUCUGCUGUACCAAUCAGUAGGGAAAAUGCUGAACAAAAUUUGUCAUCUACCACUUUUAUGGAUGUUGAGGAAAUUCAUAUGGUUGAUGAGGAAGAACAUCCAUUCAUAUUGAGUGGAGAUAGAGAAACUCCUUUCACUUAUUUAGCUAGUUUGUCAGCAAAGUGGGCUGCAAUGCAGGACACAGCUUCUAAUGUUCAGGGAAUAAUUAAGUGUUUUUUGACUGGUGUAAAGAAAUUUCAAUAUAAGCAAAGGACUACAUUUGAGCUUCGAGUUUAUGUUGAUGAUGGUAGCCUCAUAUCCGAGAUCCUUAUUGAUCACAAUGUUGUGCAGAGAGGAAUAGGUCAUUCUCCUGAGGAGGUCACUGGAGCUCUCACUUCUUCGGACUCCAAGAGAGUGAGUGAUAUGAAGGAGACAAUGAAACAGUUCCAGAUUUUCUUAGUAAAUUUUGAGGGUACGAUGCUUGUACAGAUGAAUAAAGCCUCCCCUAUUCCAAUUGCCAUUGAAAUGAACCAGGGCUCUUCUGCAUCUGAUGCUUGGUUGCUUCUGAGAAGACUGAGGGCCUCUAAUUCUGAUCAGCCGCCACCACCACGUCACUUGAAUCCCAUCAACAUAUCCCCUUGACUAAAUCGGCCCAGAUGCUGCUGCUCAUGUUCUGUAAAGAAGUCAAGCGGUCAGUGAAAGCCGAUAACAAUGUAGAUUAUACAACAACGGCUGUGGUUCACUGAACUCAGAUUCUGGAUGACACCCUGCACCGGAAAAUGAUCUGAAAGUGCGCAGAACUCCCAUCAACAGAAUUAUACUCACUGCUUUGACUGGCUAGUUGAGUCUUCUAUUGCAUUAGUUGCUAAUUUAUUAAGACUUAAUAGGAGACACUGAAAUUUUGAUGGCCUCCAGCAAUACACACAAGUCAUCCAUUUGGUAUAAUAGACGAGGUAGAUUAACUAGAUUUUACUUUUGUCAUACGUAAUGGUUUAGAGGAUUGAAAUUUUAUUAGAUGUCAAGAAGUAAGUAAACUUGGUUUUGCUAGCACCGUGAGGGGGCAAUUUAUCUAGGUAAAAAUGGAAAAUCAAGCAGCGAGACCUUCUCAAAGAGCUCGUAAACAAGUCAGCGAAAACCUCUCUCUACAUUUAGUGACUUGCACAUAGACUACAUUGGAACAGUUUUGAUCUGAUUAUGAAGGUCUUUGUUCUUGUAAGUUCAGUUAUUUAUAGUCCAAACUUGUGUAUUAUAUUACUCACACUAUGACUAUGAUGUGUUAGUGUUUGAACUAUUUAACCUCUCAAUGAGAUUUUUCCACAUUGUAUUCAUAUUA